AUGGGCAAGGUCAAGCGCAAUGGCCGAAAGCACAGCAAUCAUCACGAUAAUCCAGCAACAAACAAGUCCAAGGUGAUCCGAAGGCAGCACAGCCAACAUCAACAACCCGGGCCACAGGCGAGCACGAGAACUGCUCAGCAACCAAGUCCAAAUGGACAACUGCACAGACGGCCGAAGGUACCCUUUACCGCAUAUGACAACGUGCUACUUGUUGGCGAAGGGGAUUUCUCGUUCUCUUUAGCACUAAAACAACUCCAGAAGGCUAGGCAGAUCACAGCUACGUGCUAUGAUACCAAGGAUGUACUCGAGAACAAAUAUCCCAACGCCCAAAAGACCGUAGCGCAGCUUGAAGCAGCAGUGGACGCCAGUGGAAAGAGCUUGAAUGGCGACGAGGCCGAGUGGAAAGGGCUGUCACCUUCGCCGUCGGGUUCACCUAUUGAAGACGCGGGCUUCGAUCAAGAACAGCCACCAAGAACUCCGGCUGUGACUGUACUCUACGGAAUCGAUGCUGUCAAGCUUUCUUCCGCACACAAGAAGGCUCUACGGGCGAACACCCCCUUUACGAAGACUGUCUUCAACUUCCCACACGUCGGCGGCCUCAGUACAGACGUGAACAGGCAAGUCAGGUACAACCAAGAACUACUCGUUGGAUUCUUCAAAGCCGCAAAACCAUUGCUCAGCUCUCCUAAUCGUCCAGCACGAGUGCAUCCAGUUGUCGGGGAAGCUGAUGGCGACAAUGAACAAAUGCCCGACGAUGCAGGGCAUCGGGAUCCGGGGGCUGUAAAUGGCCAGAUACUCGUCACCCUGUUUGAGGGCGAGCCAUAUACACUCUGGAAUAUCCGCGACCUAGCCCGUCACUGUGGCUUGAAGGUAGUGGAGAGCUUCAAGUUUCCCUGGUCUGUGUAUGCAGGGUAUCGGCACGCGAGGACUGCUGGGGAAAUCACCACGGGGAAGGACAGAAGCGAUGAAGGCAGACGGAAAGGCGCCUGGAGGGGCGAAGAGCGUGAUGCCAGAUGCUACGUGCUGGAAGAUAAAGACGCACCCGCAAGUCGUGCGCUGACGAAGAAAAGGAAGCGAAAUGUCGAAAACGACGACAGUGACUGA